CUACUUAAGUCCCACUUGAAAACAUCCAUCAAGUGUUGUUGUUCCGUGAUUAGAGAGCGGGUGCGAGUUAAUCAACGAAACCGUUGGGUCCUGGUCCUACAUUUAAAAGUCCAAAUAAAGCAGCUAGCGAGUAACGAAGCAAUACUUUUACUCAUUGAAGUAUAAUGGCAUCCGGCGGCUUAACAUGUGUAAAAUACUUGACAUUCUUUUGCAAUCUUCUUUUUGCGCUAAAAAUGAGAAUCGCAAUUAUAGGACAGAGCAAUUUUGCUGCUGAUGUUCUGGAGCUUCUGUUGGAUCGCCCAAAUAUCCAAAUUGUAGGAGUCUUCACUAUUCCAGAUAGAGGCAGUCGAGAGGACAUUUUGGCCACUACUGCUAUCAUCCACAAUAUACCUGUUUUCAAGUUCGCAUGCUGGCGUCGCAAGGGCGUGGCACUACCUGAGGUCUUGGAACAAUACAAGUCCGUGGGGGCUACCCUGAAUGUGUUGCCCUUCUGUUCUCAAUUCAUUCCCAUGGAGGUGAUUGACGGGGCGCUAUUGGGCAGCAUUUGUUACCACCCGUCUAUUCUCCCACGUCACCGCGGAGCUAGUGCUAUAUCGUGGACACUGAUCGAAGGGGACGAGGUGGCCGGCUUCAGCAUCUUUUGGGCAGAUGACGGUCUUGACACAGGACCCCUGCUGCUAACCCGACAAACAAACCUGGAACCCACGGACACGCUGGACACUAUAUACAAGCGCUUUUUGUACCCCGAAGGUGUAAAGGCGAUGGGUGUCGCCGUGGACAUGGUCGCUAGUGGUGUGGCACCCAAGAUAAUCCAGACGGAAGUGGGGGCAACCUACGACCCGGCUAUGUUUAAAACAGAAAAUCAGGUUAUCAAUCUUCAGGCUACAGCAGAAAAAAUUUGGAACUUUGUUCGUGGUCUGGACUCAGUUCCUGGAGCCAUAGCAACGGUUCUACAUGAGAAUGGCACAGAGGAGCAAAUUCGACUAUUUGGUGCUCAUUUGUACUCUGCUGGCCCCGUGUCAAAAGGAAAAUUUCUACGUCUAAGGGGCCUAACAAAGACCGCCUGGAUACACAGCGGUGGUCUUCUUAUAGAGGGAACCGACGGUGCCUUUGUCAACAUUCGCCGCAUUAAGCGUGGCACAAAGGUAAUAAAUGCCAGCGAGUGGUUUAAGCAAGCUGAGGACCAGUCUAUUACUGACUUCAGCGAGGACGAAUUGGUGAAGCGAUCGUUGGUGGCCGGAAUUUGGAAGGCAAUACUUAAGGAAGAUGUCGACUCAUCGACUGAUUUCUUUGCAUCCGGAGCUGGUUCAAUGGACGUGGUACGCUUAGUCGAGGAAGUUAAAGAAACCUUUGACGUGCCGCUGCAGAACGAGCAAGUUUUCAUGGCGCCUGUGUUUGAGGAAUUUUUUAGCCUGCUGGUUAGGUUCCUUCGACAGGGAAGUGCCUAUUCCGAUGACCAGCAGCUCAACUUUCAGGCAUUCACGCUGAAAGCCAACAAAAGAGAGAUUCGAGUGCCCACACAACUUUUUAUAAACGGAGAGUUUGUUGACGCCGAUUCUCAACGCACUUUGGAAAUUGUUAACCCCACUAAUGAGGAAGUGCUUUGUAGAGUGGCAUGCGCCUCGGCCACCGACGUGGACAAGGCAGUGCAAGCAGCCCAUUCUGCCUUUUAUGGAUCUUGGAGGCAGAUAACACCCAGACAACGAGGCCAGUUGAUGCUCAAUUUGGCUGAUCUGAUGGAACGCAAUAAGGAGGAGCUGGCCACAAUUGAGUCAGUUGAUUCGGGAGCGGUUUACACUCUAGCCCUUAAAACCCACGUUGGAAUGUCCAUCGAAGCGUGGCGCUACUUUGCCGGAUGGUGCGACAAGAUCCAGGGCAACACAAUCCCUGUUAACCCUGCGAGACCCAACAACGUACUGACCUUCACCCGUAAGGAGCCAAUUGGUGUGUGCGGUUUAAUAACGCCUUGGAACUACCCUCUGAUGAUGCUUUCAUGGAAAAUGGCCGCCUGCAUUGCCGCCGGGAAUACCUGUCUCAUUAAGCCUGCUCAGACCUGCCCCCUGACCGCUCUAAAGUUUGCAGAGCUAACUGUCCGAGCCGGAUUCCCCCCCGGCGUGAUCAAUGUCCUGCCUGGAAAAGGUUCAGAUGCGGGCCAGGCAGUUGCAGAUCAUGAGCUGGUCCGCAAACUGGGGUUUACCGGGUCCACACCCAUUGGCAAGCACAUUAUGAAGUCAUGCGCAGACUCCAACCUUAAAAAGUGCUCCCUGGAGCUGGGCGGUAAGAGCCCGCUUAUUAUCUUUGCAGAUUGUGAUAUGGACAAAGCCGUCAGACACGGCAUGUCCUCGGUAUUUUUUAAUAAAGGAGAAAACUGCAUCGCCGCGGGACGGCUUUUCGUGGAGGAUCGGAUACACGAUGAAUUUAUCCGACGCGUUCUUAAGGAUCUGCGCACCAUGACCAUCGGGGACCCGCUUGACCGCUCGACGGCCCACGGGCCUCAGAACCACAAGGCGCACUUUGACAAACUUCUGGAGUUUUGUAGACGUGGGGUAGACGAGGGCGCGAAGCUGGUGUACGGGGGAUGUCGAGUCCCACACCUUAAGGGAUAUUUCUUUACUCCCACAGUGUUCACGAACGUUACGGACGAUAUGUUCAUUGCCCAAGAGGAGUCCUUUGGACCGAUUAUGAUAAUAUCCAAGUUCAACGGCAGCGAUGUAGAUUCCUUGAUGCAGCGGGCUAAUCGCACGGAGUAUGGCUUGGCCAGUGGCGUUUUCACAAAGGAUAUUGGCAAAGCGCUUAACUUUGCUGAUCGCAUUGAGGCCGGCACUGUGUUCGUCAAUUUAUACAAUAAGACUGAUGUGGCAGCUCCAUUUGGUGGCUUUAAGCAGAGCGGUUAUGGCAAGGACUUGGGGCAGGAGGCGCUCAACGAGUACCUUAAGACCAAGUGUGUCACAGUUGAAUAUUAGAAGGCGGCAGUCACGGGAGCACUAUGAGUGUAAUGGUUGAAGCUCCAACUGCUAUUGUAAGUCCAAAAUGAGUGGAUCACCGUUAAAAGACCGACCUUUUCAAAAUGAAAUCGUUUUAAGUUUGUCGUACUGUAUUAAAUCUUUGUUUCACCACCUGGAACAACAUAUGUUUUUAAACAGCUGAAAAAAUUCUAAAACUUGA